AGAACAAUUGCCUUCCUAAAGUGUCAAAACCACAAGUCCUCCUUUCGUCUGUGGGCGUGGGAGGAACUUUUCCUAUUGGCCCUGAAACACCCGACUGUAGCUCCGUUGGGAGGAGGGUCCACUCUGAAUGGGUACUAAAGGAGCAAUCAAGGCACCUGGAUGCAGGCCGGAAGUGUCUCCACGUCUGAUGUUAGAUCAGAGUAGAUGCACCAUCCUUAAAGAUCUUUCAGUCUUCAGCUGAGGAGGUUUUUUAAACUCAUAGAAGAAUUGCUUGGAUUUCGAAAAGGCAGUUUGAGGAGGCGAAACUUCAAGUAUCAAGGACUUCUGCUUCACCUGCAAACUUCUGAAUCACUUUUUUUUAUUUUUUCCCCCGCCUUCAUUUAACUCAAAAUAGACGUGUUGGGAUUUCUAAAAAAAAGUGCCUUUUGGAGAGCAUCAAGGAUUUUUGUUCCAUAUUUAAAUAUUUUGAAAUUAUUUUUCCUUGCUUUACCAAAAAGAAAGAAAGAAAAAACAUAAUUGCUGGAAUUAAUACAACUGACCCACAUUUUAUUUUCCACCAAGUCUUAUAUUCUGACCAUGAUGGCCAAUGCUGAAGUUUUGACUUGGUCGGAAGCGCACGUGCCAAAACGCCUGCAGGACAUCCCCCAGUCCGAGCGCGCGACGCUGACCCGCAGUGACCCGCGGGGCUGGAUGAGCGCGCACGCGCAUGCACCCGCCGCGGCCCGUCCCGGUCACUACGCAUUACGCGCCUCGCCGGACGUUACUCCGGACACCUCGCCGGACCCUGUCGCCGCCGUUGACCCUAAAGAGCACUCUCUGGGCGCCGCGCACAGGCACCGGCGAGUCGCGGCGAACGCGCGCGAGCGGCGGCGCAUGCACGGCCUGAACCGCGCGUUCGACCGCCUGCGCAGCGUCAUCCCGUCGCUGGAGAACGACAAAAAGCUGUCCAAGUACGACACGCUGCAGAUGGCGCAGAUCUACAUCGCCGAGCUGUCCGAUCUGCUCGAGGGUGUGGCUGCGCGUGGUACCGGGGACGCAUCGCGCGCGCGCCGGUGCUUCCAGACGCCUUGCACCGGGUACGCCGUGGACGCCAAGAUGACGACGACGACGACGACGCCAUCCGCCGCUCCAGUGACCGAAGGACACGUGCUGAUCCUAUCCGCACCCUCAGCUCACUUUGAUCCCGAAAAAAUGGAGCUUGCGGCGUCCAACGGCAGUGACGGAGAGUCUUCCCACUGCAGUGAUGCCGAGGAAGGACACACGGGAACUUAGUGAGCGCCUGAUGGACGGGGAGGGGGGAUUGGGUGGACGAGGACACUAUUUUUUACUAACAAAUUUCCAUAUAUAUGGAAGCUUUCUUUAAGGAGAGUUUUCCGCCAUGCCAUAGGAAAGGCUUCACAACAUUAAGUGUAACUGUAAUGUAAACAGAUAAAAAGUGUGACAUGUAUGACAUAAAUUAAAAUUUGCUGAGCUAUGAAACAAAAGGAUGUGCUGUUAUUGGAAAAUAAUAAACUUUGUGCUGGUAGGAACUCCAUUGUGGAUUAUUUUCCUAUAACAACACACCUCCCAAAUGUUUUAUUCCUUAUAUAAUGUAACUGUUGAUGUGGAUACAGCAGACUUUUCAUUCCUCUGUGUUUCACACUUUAAACUUAACAACAAGCGGAGACUUCUGUCCAGUCUGAGGCUUUGCCCAGCCGAGGCCUUCGUCUGCAGGCUGCAGUAUGACAGUGAGAUUUCUAUCCGUGCCAAUCCUAAAUUUAAAUGAGCGUUUGUUCACAGAUUUUACAUUAUAUCAUUAAUGCAGGGCGUUAUCAGUUAUUGCACUGUAAACACACUUCCCUUUACUUUUAUUGUUCUCAUUUCUUGUCUUCUGUGCAAACAACCACAUCGAUUGUUUUUAUCUGAUGAUCAAGUGUUUACUCAGUGUAAACUAGUUUAAGCUUUGACGAAGGAAGCUCACCUUAACUUUACUUUUAUUUUCUAGCUCUCAUUUCCUAACUGUAAAACCUUUCCUCUAAUUUCUGAUUUCUUUGUUUUCUAUGAGACAUUAUUAAUGAUUAGCCUAUAGCCAAUUUAAAUAAAGAAUCUGUGCAUAGAGUGGACUUCUUAAAAAAAAAAAAAAUUAAUAAAAAUUAAAAAAGGAAAAAAAAGAAGGGACAGAAAAUCCUACAGAAAUAUUUUUUUAGCAUUAGAGUCAGUUUAUUUAUUCUACUAAUAUUAGUAUAUUUAUGACUUCUUGAAAUGUACAAUUGAAGACCAAAACUAAAUAAUGUGGGUUUUUGUUUUGUUUUUAAUAUUUUUUGGUCAAAUUAUCUGAAAGGUGUUCUCCGAUAUACCAGUAUUGUAAAGGCCAAUAACACAGCAAUAAACUUUCACAUGCAAUGUAUUAUUGCAGCCCUAAAAAUAAACCUGCUAUUGUGUGUGGGCUCAUAAAACUAUUAUCUCUGUCUGUGUUUUAGUAGACAUUAAAGGGGACAGAUGCAGUAGAUGUUAAAGUAGCCUGUUGGGGAAAUUAAUAUAAAAAAUGAACUUGAGAUGGCCCACAGAAUGACCUUUACCGUGAAACUCUGCUCUUAUUUUUAAUUUAUUUUAUUUUAUUUUAUUUUUUUGCUUGUCGGGGGCGGGGAAGGGGGGGGGCAAUAGUGCACAAUUAAAGUGCACUAAUUCUGCACUUUAUCACCUGAGCAUUGUGAUCCACAAAUAACUUAAAUCCACUACCAAUGAACCAACUGCUUGCUAUUUAUGUAUGUCAUUUAAUUUUUUUAACCAACCUACCAAUUGUUUAAUAAAAACCUUAAACAGGCAUAACAUUUACUGUUUUAAUGUAUACACCAUUAACAUUCUGUUAUGAUUAAAAUCAAAUAUACAGAUAUUAUAUAUUGUUACAUUAUGUGUAUAUCUUCUGACACACUCAUCAUGUUUAGAUAACCUUAAAUAAUUUUCUUUACAUAUUUUCAAUUUUAUUGCAGUUACUGUAUAGAUAGUGCAAAGGAAGGCUCUAGAUCUAAUCAUGGUAAUUACGGAAAGAGCGUUCCUUGAGUUUGGGGUCAAUCGGUCACUUCUUGGAACCGAAAGUACCUGUUGCACAAUUUGUCAAGUCAAUUUGUCAAUCUUUUGUGAUAACUAGUAAUGAGCAUAGUUAAUAUAGUACUACUCAAAAUGUUCAUUUUCUUUGAUAUGAUAUAUUUUUUAAAAACAACAUAUGACUUAUUGUACAUUCAGAUGUUCUUGGCUCAGUUGGUUGUUUCCAUAAUAGGGUGAAUCACAAGAGCAAUACAGCAAGUUUGUUGGCCAACAGAAGUAAUAGCAAGCGACCCAAGCAGAGCUAGGGGUGCCAAGACUUUAAUACAGCAACACUCAGAAGCUAUUUUAUCAGGCAGAGUGCAAUAAAUAUCUUCUGACAAACUUACUCACAAACCAUUCAUUUCAAUGACAAUGAAACACAGUCCAUAUCUGGCCAUAUCAUACACUGAUGCAUACUUACAUCAGCCAAUUAAAGAUGGACUUAGGUACUGUUUGAUCAUUCACAUCAGUUUUGAGAAACUGAUCAGCUCUAAACACAUAGGAAUGCGUUUUUUGUCAAAUACCUGAACGUGAGUAUAGCUUUACAAUGGUGGAUUUUAUGUUGUUAUCAUAAGGAAUGUAUAAACUUUUUCAUUUAGACUAACAGCGAAUGAAACUUUGACCUACAGUCACUACACUACAGAGCACAGCUGUGUCUGGUAGUCAGAGACAUUAUCAGGACAGUUCUGUCACGAUAGUGUUUUAUCAAUCAUCAGUCUGCACUAUUUCAAGCUCCUUCAUACCAUCCUUCCAUUGGUACCAGAUAAAUCAAAUUGAGACCUGAUAGAAAAAGCAUUUUUGCACGAAACCUUUACAAGCUGGGAAAUCAGAUCCAGGUUGCUUCAAAACUUUCAAAAACACUAGGUUUGG